CAGAGAUUAUGGGAAAUGUAGGCCUAUUACAGGAAACAAGAUGACCAGACACGGUCCUGGCUGUAGCAUUAAAAUUCCUCUUUAUUCAAGAUAACUUCCUACUGUACACAUAGGCAACUUUUUACCAUUUAGUGUAGAACUAGAGCACUCGUCGACAUUUCCGACAGCACUUAAAGGCAGCAGAGGAGCCAAGAGUCUGGGCUCAAACUCACAAAAGCCCCUUUGUCAUUUCUUUUACUUCUCGAUAUUGCUUUUUCAUCUUUUCUUGUUCAUUACUGUGAGAUGGGCCUCAUAACUAACACAAUAGCCUGAUACACAAACGGACUCGCGUCAUAUAUCCAGAUAUAAGCUAUUCUUAAAAUUCUCAAAGUUAGCUUCCAAAACGUGACUUUUUGUGUUAAAAAACGUGUUUUCAUAUUUAGCCAUAUGUUCAUGCUUUACUUAGUGCUUGAACUUAACCAAUGGUUUAGUCUUGUAUUUGCUAGGCCACUUUUAAAGGCUCGUCUGUUACGCAUUUGUUAAAUCAUAAUUAGAUUUAUUCGAUUAAACAGGACGGAAAAGUUUUUGGAGCAGUGAAAUCCUUCAGUUUCCAUUAGCAGGAGAAGGGCGACGAGGUGGGGGAGGCUGGACAUUCUUUUCAUACUGCAGAGCAGGCAGGGGGGAGCUUCCUGCCACUACUCCUGGACCGCUUCUUUUUUACGGUAAAACAUGAAAUGUACAAGAAAGGACGAAGACUUUGUGGACGCGAAUAAGCUCCUUCUCCCGGAGCAGGAGUUAAACCUCGCGGCGAGACCCACCAUUGACCGGCGGCAGCCAGUUUUAUUGUUGUAAAGGGAGAUUUUCUGCAGCCCGAGGAACCGCUUCAGUCCCGCAAGAAAGGAGAAAAAUAACGAAAAGGGAUGUGUUGCCGACUUGAAGGACCGGGAAAGUAAACAGAAGAAACACAAAUAAAAGAGAAACGCUGACCAGUGCCUCUCCAUCUUGGAACUCCUUGAUUUCCUGUUGAGCCUGCAGGAAGACCAGAACCAAGUGUUAAACUACUGGCCACCAUCAAGCUACCUACCCAACAACAUCAGCCCUAUCUUUGUGCUUUUCCUCAGCAAGCCCCGCUUGGGCCUCCCGGUGGGCCUGCAGCAACAUCAAAACAUGAGCAGCUGUUGCCACUGACGCCGCCAGGAGAGCACAGAGCAACCACACAGAUGUUUCGGAAAAAAGCAUCUUCCUCCUUGAGAAUGAGAAGAAUAACAGAAAACGCUAGAUGGAGUAUAGACCGUGGGCGAAGCUUGUCUUUCCAUGAGGUGCGUGGCCAGUGUGAGGCAGAGAUGAGGACUGCAUCCGAGGAGUCGUCCACCAGCAACAACAGUGUAGGAGUUGGCGGCAGCACCGUCCUGCAGCGCCUACUGCAGGAGAAAAUGAACCGUAAUUAUGUGCUUCAACAGCAGCAACAACAACAAGGAAGUGGAGGGGGGUUUUCGGGACAGGGACAUAUAUGCCCCUCCGAUGAUCACUCCAUGACCCCCCACAUUGCCCGGCAGGAGCCACAGGGACAAGAGCUGCAGACGGACACUGGCCUGGAGAAGCUGGGCUCCACCAGAGUAGGAGGUGGAGGAGGAGGCAACACUGGAGGUGGUGGUAGCAGCCAAGGGCAGUGCCUGAACCCCGAAGACCUCCCUACGUACGAAGAAGCCAAAGUGCAGUCGCAAUACUUCCGUGGCCAUGGUCCACCUCCUCAAGUUCACCAGCAGAACAGCCAGCCCCAGCAGCCUCCUCUCCCUGGCUCAGUGGGCACCGCCUUCUACGUUACUGGGGGGACCAGCGCCAAGGUGCGCACUGAGGGUCGCCCCACGGUGCAGCGAGUGAGCGGUACAGGAAGGGUGCACCAGGAUGACGGUCUAAAGGAUCUGAAGCAAGGACACGUUCGCUCUCUCAGCGAACGACUUAUGCAGCUGUCCCUGGCCACCAGUGGCGUGAAGGCCCAUGCACCUGUCACCAGCGCCCCACUAUCCCCCCAACUGCCCCCACCAGGGCCACCGGGCGACUAUUACAAGCCGCAGCACCGGGGCCCACCUCCAGACUACCCAUUCAAAGGACUGGGCUCGCCUACCAAGCAACAGGAGCCUGGAGACCAUUUUUACCAGGAGCAGAGAGGGAGGGAGCUCUCGAGGGAGAUGCCCCAUGUCCGAUACCAGCCCCCACCUGAGUACGGCUCGUUCAGGUCUAGCAAGGAAGGUUCGGUCCAUUUCCAGAGGCCCCUUCAUCAGCACAGUCCGACCUCCUCUGUCACCUCCAUGGGAUCUUUGUCCCGCACCCAAUCCUCAACCCUAAGUAGCAUGCUCAGUGUCUCCCAUCCGUCCUUCCCUCACCAGCAGCCACAGGGUGAGUCCUUUCCUAGCAUGGGGCCCCGCAAUACGCAGGCUCCCAGCUCCUACCAGCCAGGGGCACCCUUCACCCUUGGGCCUAUUCACCCACCACCAAGAGGUCCCAUUUUCCCUCAUGACCCCUAUGGCUCCACUUCACGGAUGCACCAUCAGCAGCACCAUCAGUAUCAACAACAGCAGCAGCAGCAGCAGCAGCAGCAUCUGCAGCAUUUUCAAGAACCUCCCCAGCCCCAAACGCCAGUGCAGGCUGGACAUUUCCUCCAUCCGCACUCCUUCUCCCACCUGCAGGGGGAGCCUUUUUCUAUGAUGGUGCGUGCCCACCAGAUGGGGGAUGUGCUAACCGAAGAGAACAGGAUACUAAGGCAGGAGAUGGAGAUUUGCCGCGAGAAAGUCACCAAGUUGCACAAGCUGGAAACAGAGAUCCAGCUGGUGUCAGAGGCAUAUGAAAACCUCGCCAAGUCCUCCUCCAAGAGGGAGUCCCUGGAGAAAACCAUGAGGAACAAGCUGGAGCUGGAGGUGCGCCGGCUGCACGACUUCAACAGGGAUCUCCGAGAGCGCAUGGAGACAGCCAAUAAGCAGCUAGCUGCUAAAGAGUGUGACGGCUCAGAGGACAACCGCAAAACCAUAUCCCAGCUGCUUGCACAGAACAAAGAGACGCUUCGUGAGAAGGAGAAGAUGGAGAUGGAGUUUAACGCUCUGCGCUCAACCACAGAGGACCAAAGGAGACACAUUGAGAUCAGAGAUCAGGCACUUAAUAACGCCCAGGCCAAAGUGGUCAAGCUGGAAGAGGAGCUGAAAAAGAAGCAGGUUUACGUCGAGAAAGUGGAGAGAAUGCAGCAGGCUCUAGCUCAGCUUCAGGCAGCCUGUGAGAAGAGAGAACAACUGGAGCAUCGACUCCGUACCAGACUGGAAAGAGAGCUGGAGUCGCUACGCAUGCAGCAGCGUCAGGGAGGCACUCAAAGCAGUAGUACAGUCCCAUCAGAGUACAACGCCACAGCGCUGAUGGAGCACCUGAGGGAGAAGGAGGAGCGGAUCCUGGCUCUGGAAGCCGACAUGACCAAAUGGGAGCAGAAGUAUUUGGAAGAGAGCGUGAUGAGGCAAUUUGCCCUGGACGCCGCUGCCUCUGUCGCCACUCAGAGGGAUACAUCUGCAGCAGUGAUAAGCCAUUCUCCCAGCAGCAGCUAUGACACAUCAGUGGAGGCUCGAAUCCAGAAGGAAGAAGAGGAGAUUCUCAUGGCCAAUCGGCGCUGUCUUGACAUGGAAAGCAGGAUAAAGAAUCUACAUGCCCAGAUCAUAGAGAAAGACGCUAUGAUCAAGGUGCUUCACCAGCGGUCCAGGAAGGAACCCAUCAAGUCCGAUGCCCCAUCUGCUAUGAGGCCCUCAAAGUCACUUAUGUCUAUUUCCAACACUGGCUCCAGCGGUUCAGGACUACUCUCUCACAGCCUGGGCCUCAGUAGCUCGCCCAUCACGGAAGAACGCAAGGACACCAGCUGGAAGGGCAGCCUGGGUGUUCUGCUGGGUUCCGAGUAUCGCACAGAAUCUCUUAGGACAGAGUCAAUCUCAUCAUCCCCCUCACCGGUGCUUCCGUCUACCCCAAUGACCGCAGGCCACUCAAAGACAGGCAGCAGGGACAGCUGCACGCAGACUGAGAAGGGACAGAGUCAGGACACCAGCAAGCCCAGUACUCCAGCCCUGCAAAGCAUGACGUUGCCAGCUCGCCUGUCCAGCCCCAGCCCAGUCUACAUUCCGGACCGUAUAACAGAUGUGCCAAUUUUUCACAGCAGCACCCUGGAGCGGAGGCUCCCCAUCCAAUCCCUCCCACAGCAACAGGCCCUUCCUCCAGCCCACCCAACCCAACAGGACGUGGACAACGACAUGGUGGAGAUCCUUAUCUGACCCCAUGACCUCUGGAGAAAAACAUCAUUCAAACAAGUGAUAUGAGGGCAGCUCCAUCAGACAAACACAGCGAUAUCCCGUCUCAAUCUUCAACCUACAGCUCCUUCAGUGUUUAACUGAGUCACACCAAGAGACAUAUUCAUACACUUAUGUUUACAUGUGCAUUCACUUUAAGGCUGACUGGAGUUUCUACAAAUUUCCAUUAUUACUUACAGUAAAGGAAUGAAUGAAAUGUGUUAACUUUUUAUCAUCAUCUAAGGAAAACCCAGAAAUCAGAAGCAAAAAGCAGAAGCCUCAUCUAAGCUUUUGCAGUUUCCUAAAUGCAUUUGUUAAUAUGAAGUGGAGCUUUAACAUAUUAAAGUUCAUUGUCUCAUAUUUAUUUUUUGAUGCAACUUUGUAAGACACUUUUCGUGCUUUUUGGUUCACAGUGAGUGUUAAAUGGAAGUUAUUAAUCAUGAGGUUAGACAUAAUCUUUUUUUAAUAUUGUAUGCUCAUACAGGUUGACAGUUAACAUUAAGAUAGAAGAAGUGGGCAAACCUUAAAGCUAAAAUCUUCCUGUUAAAGUGUAAUACGUGGAGCAUACAUAUCACACACAUAUAGUUUUAUUUUCAACUUUUAAGUUGAGGUGAAGGAUUUUUCUUUUAUCAAUGUUGUAUGACAGCUUUGUUUAAAUGCACUACUUUUUGAACGGGGGGGGCACAUUAGUUAUUGCAGCACCAAUGGCAUAACAGCACAUUUGGUUAUGUUUGCAAAGCUCAGCAUUUGCCAUUUUAUUCCUUUCCUACUUUCAAACAAAUUAUAAAUGAUGAAAAAACCAGGUCUGUCUACAAGGGUUUAGCCGUAAGAGGAAGCAGAUGUGUUAUUUAAACAUGUGAUCAAAAUCUGUAAACUCCAAUUGUGUUGGUAUAGGCUGGUUGGACCCAAUUUAUUGGCUACAUUUUUAUUGCAUUUAUUGCACUACUUAGUUUUUAAGAGUGUUUCUUUGCUAUAUUACUUACUAAUGUCUGACAUUAGGUAUUGUAUUCAUGUGUAUUGAUUUAUAAAAAAAACAAGUCUAUUAAAAACUGCCUUUUUAAUAGACUUGUUUUGCUCCAUGUUGUGUACAAAGUACCUAGCUUCUUAGUAGCUAUUAGUACCAGGAUUGGGGGCUUUUAGUGUUUGCAAACCUUUCUGGCAUGUUGACUUCAGGCACACAAAGCUCCCUGAGUAAAACUGCUAAAUUUGAAGAGCUUACCUUUUUUGUUAUCAAAUCUUAUGUUGCCCUAAAAUGUGUCCUUCUUCUUUUAUGCCUGUGCUGGAAGAUGGAGUGAGCAGAGUUUGUUAUAUAUAUGUAUACUUAUAUUUACUGUAAUGUGACUGGCAGUAAAUAUAAAGGUGACAUCUGCUUUUAAUAGCAACAAAUGUACAUUUUCCGGACAUAAAUGCAUUUGACGUACCCUUGGAAGAACUACAAAAAACUGAGGUUGUGUGCUCUUCUGAAAAAAAUCUUCUUUUUAAACAUUUUCAAAAUAGGAUAAUUCUAUCAAAUUUACUUCUUGAAGCUUUGGCCACCUAAAGUCAAAGUGUUGCUUAGGGUAGUAAGCAUGCACAGUCCUCCUCACAAGUGAUUUCCAAAACAUCAUGCAGGUUGCACUAGAUCCAAUCAGGCUAAGGGCUGACUGACGAACAUUCUUUUGUGUAUUUAGAAACAUGGUGCCCACUACAUGACUGGGUUGGGCCUCAGCCACAAGCGGGGAAUGAGAGUCUGACAGUAUGGUUGGCUGCCUCCAUGACCCCACUGGUUGGAGUAUAUCUCACACAAGAGGCUCUUAAAGUCAUUCCGCAUUUCACCUCCCCUGCUAAAUCCCCUCAACAAUAUUGAGGGGAUUUAUAUUUUACUUUGAUGGACAUCAUGUCAUGUAAUUGACAUGUGCACACUGUAUUGUGAAUAUUUAAAAUUGCAGGAAUUUGUAUUACCGUACCAUCCAUCAGACUUGUUACUCAAAUCAAACAAUGGAAAGUAUUUGUAGGCACCA